AAAAGCCAGCGCAUGACCUAGAAGCUAUCAGCAUCUAGAAAAAUUGAAAAUCCACCCAGGAUAUAAAAUUACAACACCACCAACGUUCAUAACUACAAAGCUCGCAACAUCAAAAUGCCACCCCUCAACCGUGCUCUAACACGAGCACUGCUCACCCUCCGCCCUCCAACAAGACAACUAAUCCCAGCAAAACAAACCAAUUCCCGCUCAUUCUCCUCCAUAAAACCGCUCUACUCCGUGACACCACCCCCAGCAUCCAAAUCAUCUCCGCCUCAAAAAGCUGUCCCAGGAAGUGCCUCUCGACUCCCAGAAUUCAACUUGGAUGGGAAGGUAGUGAUAGUAUCCGGCGCAGCACGAGGAUUGGGACUAGUACAAGCAGAAGCAUUGCUAGAAGCCGGAGCAAUUGGUGUGCCAUUUCACACUUGUCCCAACUCAUUCGGUAAAUAUACAAGGAGCUAACGAGAUCCAGUCCACGCCCUGGAUCGACUACCCACGCCUUCCCCCGCAUUCUUCGAUAUCCAAAAGCGCGCCCUGAGUCUCGGGACUACACUGACAUACCACCACGUCGAUGUCCGCGAUGUGCCUGCACUGAAUAAUAUCGUUGAGUCGAUAUCAACACAACAUGGACGGAUGGACGGUCUCAUAGCAGCUGCAGGUAUUCAGCAGGAAACGCCAGCGUUGAAAUAUACAUCAGAGGACUGCGAUAAGAUGAUGAGUGUCAAUGUCACUGGUGUUUUCAUGACUGCGCAGGCAGUUGCGAGAGAAAUGGUGAGAUGGGGAGAGGGAGGGAGUGUGGUUUUGAUUGCUAGUAUGAGUGGGACUGUUGCUAAUAGGGUAUUUCUUCCCUUUCCAUUUGACGUGUCCUGCUCUUUUUCAACACUUCCUGACAACUCCCCGAUAGGGCCUGAUAUGUCCAGCCUACAAUGCCUCCAAAGCAGCUGUCGUUCAACUCGCUCGAAAUCUGGCAUCCGAAUGGGGCGAGUAUGGAAUUCGGGUCAAUACCAUAUCCCCGGGGUAUAUCGUCACAGCUAUGGUUGAAGCUUUAUUUGAGAAGUAUCCCGAAAGGAGAGUGGAUUGGCCAAAACAGAAUAUGUUGGGUAGAUUGAGUAGGCCUGAAGAGUAUCGGGGUGCGGCAGCAUUUCUGAUCUCAGAUGCCAGUAGCUUCAUGACAGGAAGUGAUUUGAGGAUGGAUGGGGGGCAUUCCGCAUGGUAGUUCGGGUAGUUUGGUAGGGCGUGGUUGUGCUUGUUGUUCCGUAAUAUGUAAUGGUUCCAGAUUGUAUUUUGAAGUAGCAUCCACCACUAUAAUCCAAAACCCAUACCAUAUUCGUCCG